AUGGUGGGCGCCUGCACGGCGCUGUUUGGCGUUUUCUUCCUGCUUGGGGCGGUGGCCGACUUCCCAUCCGCUGAUGCGCUGCGACUGCAAGGUACGGAGUUUCAAGCAGAACGCCGGAAAUCAAGACAGCUUCAUCAAGCUGAUAGUGUAACUCCAUUUGUGUCGGGAGGAACAGGUGCACCUUGUGGGCGUUUUCCUUUCAUGGUAUCCCUUCGCAACAGACUCAAUGAGCACAAGUGCGGUGGCAUUCUUGUGGACCAACACUGGGUGCUGACUGCGGCACACUGCAUUGACCCCAAUGACCCAAUCACUGCUGGACCAACUCCCAUUAUUGUCGUGGGAGCUUGCAGUCUAGACGACACAACAAACGCCAAUGUUGAAGUUGAGGUACGGUCGUCUAAACAGACCGUCAUCCACCCAGACUACAUAAGCGGUUCGGUUGUGAAUGGCUCGGACAUCGCACUGCUGAUGCUGAACAAGGAAUCUGAAAACGCAUUUGCUCUUCUCCCCACGGACAUAGACACCGCUGUGUCUGGAAACCAAAUGGUGGUGGCUCUGGGCUGGGGGGAACAGGAGGCUGGAAGCACCCGAGGGCCAGAGGACUUGCAGAUGUCCACUGAAAUCGAAGUCGUUCCAAACAGGUUUUGCAACUCAGAUGCCGGGUGGAAUGGCAUCAUACGUGAUACCAUGCUGUGCGCAACGGGCACAAGGAAUAAUCAGGACGUCUGCAGAGGUGACAGCGGCGGUCCCCUGCUCGAUGCCUUCUCUCCGCAAGGGAACAUUGAAGGCGGAAACCCCGAGCUGGAUGUCGUGGUGGGAAUAACCUCAUUUGGCGAUAGGGCAGACUGUGGGAACUCGACGAGGCCCAGUGUCUUCACCCGGGUUGCCAGCUUUCGCAGUUGGAUCGAUGACGUAAUUUCGGUGAAGCUGCCGUCUAUGGCACCAGCUCCGAUGACUUCAUCACCAGCCCUCGUACGAUCAGAAGAGCAGCUCAACUUGGACCUGAUGCGGCUUGCCAGAAGAGCAGAAGAGCCCUCGGCAAAUGCCACUGUCCACCAGCUGCUUAGUCAAGGUGCGGACCCAAACGCCUGCUGCCUUCCAACCGAGCCCGGCCAGGGAUGCCCUGUCCUCCACGCUACUGCGGACAUAAACAACAACGCCAUUGUUGCGACCGCUUUGCUGGAAGCGGGAGCGGAGGUGGGAGCGACUUGCAGAGAGAAUUGGACGGCGUUGCACAUUGCAUCCGGCAGCAACGCCGAGAAAGUGGGACUCGUUCUACUCAACUUCGGGGCGAGCGUCUCUGACAGGACCAAUCUUGAAGAGACACCGCUCCAUUGGGCCGCAGACCGGGGCAAUCUGGGUACAUUGAGGUUGCUUAUUGACUUUGGUGCUGACGUGGAUGCUGGGAAGCAUGACGGCUUUACGCCUCUGCAUCUGGCGGCGUUUAGAGGCUUUGCGAGUGUGGCAGAGCUGCUUGUGGAACGUGGGGCAGAUAUUCUGGUGACGAACAAUGAUGGAAAAACGCCAGGUGAAAUCAUUUGCAAAGAUGCACUAGGCUGCCAGGAACCCACCAGAGAAGCGCUGACGAAUUUGUUAUUGUGA